GAUCUUAAAGCUUUUCUGUUGGUAAUUGUUCUUCGGUUGAUAUUAUGGCCAGCAGCAGUGGUUCCAAAGCCGAGUUCAUAGUCGGUGGAAAGUACAAGCUCGUCAGAAAAAUUGGAUCGGGAUCUUUCGGCGACAUUUAUUUGGCAAUCAACAUCACAAAUGGAGAGGAGGUAGCUGUAAAACUAGAAUCCCAAAAAGCCAGACAUCCACAGCUCCUAUACGAAAGCAAGCUGUACAAGAUCCUUCAAGGUGGAGUCGGGAUUCCACACAUCAGGUGGUAUGGCCAGGAGAAGGACUACAACGUCCUAGUCAUGGACUUGCUUGGACCCAGUUUGGAGGACCUUUUUAACUUCUGCUCUCGACGAUUUACCAUGAAAACUGUCCUCAUGCUGGCAGACCAAAUGAUCAGCAGAAUUGAGUAUGUACACACAAAGAACUUCAUCCAUAGAGACAUCAAACCAGACAACUUUCUCAUGGGUAUUGGCCGUCACUGUAACAAGUGUUUAGACUCGUCAGUGGGGAAGAGGAAAAGAAGCUUGGCUGUUAGCUCUUCUCAGGACCCAUCUUUCUCAGGAUUAAACCAGUUAUUCCUUAUUGACUUUGGUUUGGCAAAGAAGUACAGAGACAAUCGAACACGACAACACAUCCCCUACAGAGAAGACAAGAACCUGACAGGGACUGCACGCUAUGCCUCCAUCAACGCACAUCUGGGCAUUGAACAGAGUCGCCGUGAUGACAUGGAGUCUCUAGGCUACGUGCUGAUGUACUUUAACAGAACCAGUCUGCCUUGGCAAGGAUUAAAGGCAGCCACAAAGAAGCAAAAGUAUGAGAAGAUCUCGGAAAAGAAAAUGUCUACUCCUGUUGAGGUUCUCUGCAAGGGUUUUCCAGCAGAGUUUGCCAUGUAUCUGAACUACUGCCGUGGGUUGCGCUUUGAAGAGGCACCAGACUACAUGUAUCUGCGCCAACUGUUUCGCAUUCUCUUCAGGACUCUGAAUCACCAGUAUGACUACACAUUUGACUGGACCAUGCUGAAACAGAAAGCAGCACAACAAGGGGCCUCUUCAGGGGGCCAGGGCCAGCAGGCACAAACCCCCACAGGCAAGCAAACUGACAAAUCCAAGCCUAACUUGAAAGGGUUCUAAGUCAUCCCCUCCCUAACCUGAUCUGCUGUUGGUUACCAGGACAACCUGAUCUCUCCUGGACAAACGACGGUCUUCUCUUCCAUCAUCAAUAUCUAUGUAAUGGAAUGUAUAGAUUUACACAAGGCUUUGUCAUUUGUGUUAUCUAUAUUUUCAUGUGUAUAAAUCAUAAAAUUCCAAUUGGGAAAUGUA